UGAGGUCGCGAACGGAAAUUGCAAUACCUAAUCCGCAUGGUAUCAAGCUUUGUCUUAAAGUCAGGCCUGCGCCUUCUGUGACUGCUUUGUCGUCGACGACAAGCUUGCGUUUAUAGCCCAUCCUGAAGCUGUGUUUUGAAGGAAACUCCCAAACAAGACGUCCCAUCAACAUCUACUCUGUGUCCAAGGCCACUUAUGCAGUACUUUGCAUCCACAUCUUGGCACACCGACGCCUCUCCACUCAGCAGUACACACGGGAACUUACAACAGCACGAGGCGCUUGCUCAACGCCUCACAACGUUUCCAAUCGUGCAACCGACACAGAAAAUGGUCAACUAUCCGCAAAAAAUGGCCCUCAUCGAGAAGCUCUCCGUUCCACAUUUCCAUUGCUCUCGGGUCGUAAUCCGGCGAGAACCCGCGAUUUGUGGUGCACGGAUGGGGCAUAAUGCCUUAUCCAUAUUAUGGACCGGUGGAAAGCCUUCCGAUUGGGGUGGUCGACUUCGGGGCAUGGGAAGCGGCAUCGAUGCUUGUCGUGAGGUGUUCGAGUUGGCUUGAGAGAUGUUGGGAGAUACAGUGAGGAGCUCUAAUCCGAAUUUAAAUAUGUACUAGACUAGUACAAAAUAUAAGCCAGCCUUAAACAUACAGUUUCGAUGAGAAUUGGAAUGCGAUUCGUGGAACUCGCGAG